CUCUCUCUCUCUCUCUCUCUCUCUCUCUCUCUGCAGAUCUUCCCUCAGUGUCUCUCCUCCAGAAGUCUCCCUCCUCUCCAGUCAGCUGCCACGCUACAGGUUUCUACCCUGACAGAGCCAUGAUGUUCUGGAGGAAAGAUGGAGAGGAGCUUCAUGAGGACGUGGACCACGGAGAGAUCCUCCCCAACCACGAUGGAUCCUUCCAGAUGAGUGUUGACCUGGACCUUUCAUCAGUCCCAGCUGAAGACUGGAGGAGGUACGACUGUGUGUUUCAUCUCUCUGGUGUGGAGGAUGACAUCGUCACCAAACUGGACAAAGCAGAGAUCAGGACCAACAGAGAGAAUCCUUCAGACAGGACCAGUCCCAUCACUGCUGCAGUGGCUGUUCUUGCUGUCGUCCUCGCCGCUGCCACUGGAUUCAUUUUUUACAAAAAGAAGAAAGCCAAUCUCCCUCCACAAUAACAGAGACACUCCCU